CACUGACGCACAUCGUCGAUGCGGCCACUUCAAAAUAAAAGAGCCUCCAUAAUGGCUGUGAAUGCGGCUCCCAUAAUCUUCCAGUCGGCCUCUCUCGACAACAUCGGGCAAGAUGUAUCGCUUCACCAACAUCUAUGUGUUGGCGGCCUUUGGCACCAUCGGCGGUGCCUUGUUCGGGUUCGAUAUCAGCUCGAUGAGCGCAUGGCUUGGAACUGAGCAAUACACCCAAUACUUCAACUCUCCCGACAGCGACCUACAAGGAGGCAUCACCGCGUCGAUGAGCGGCGGAUCACUCAUUGGUGCCCUUGCAGCUGGAUUCCUGGCCGAUAAAUUUGGACGAAAGAUCGCACUACAAAUCGCCUGCGUCAUUUUCGUAAUUGGCUGCGCGAUUGUCUGCUCAUCGCAAAACGUUGGACAACUCAUUGCCGGCAGAAUCGUCAAUGGCCUUUCAAUUGGUAUCUGCUCGUCACAGGUCUGCGUAUAUCUUGCAGAGCUUUCACCCUCGGCUAUUCGUGGACGCAUCGUUGGGAUUCAGCAAUGGGCCAUCGAAUGGGGCAUUCUCAUCAUGUACCUCGUUUGCUAUGCCUGCGCGCAAACAGUCUCUGGGCCUGCCGCCUUCCGAAUUGCUUGGGGAGUGCAAGGAAUUCCAGCAAUCAUCCUUUUCUUCGCCCUCUUUUGCUUCCCGGAAUCUCCCAGGUGGCUGGCUGGACGAGAACGUUGGGAAGAGUGUCUGACCGUACUGGCUGAGCUACAUGGACAAGGUGAUCGCACCAAUCCCAUCGUCAUUUCAGAGUUCGAGGAGGUCCAGGAAGCCCAGCGAGUAGCUGCACAGGCUGCUGGCAUCGGAUUCUUCAGCCUGUUCGGCCCCAAGAUCUGGAAACGAACCCUUGCAGGAACUUCAGUCCAAAUGUGGCAGCAGCUGCUAGGUGGAAAUGUCGCCAUGUACUAUGUGGUCUAUAUCUUCCAGAUGGCUGGCCUUUCUGGAAAUACAAACCUUUAUUCCUCUGCGAUCCAAUACGUCAUCUUCCUAGUCACCACAGGCGUGAUGUUACCUAUCAUCGAUAGAGUUGGACGACGACAGCUACUGCUUGGAGGCGCCGUUAUUUGCAUGACGCUCCACUUUGCCACAGCUGGUGUCAUGGCGACCUACGGUCGCCCUGUGGACUCGGUAUUCGGCAACGAGAACUUGAAGUUGGAACUGUCGCCCGUACCAGGCAAAGCUGUCAUCGCCCUCAGCUACAUCUUCACCGGCAUCUAUGGCCUCACGUGGGCACCAACUGGCUGGAUCUAUUGCUCUGAGGUUUUCCCUCUCAAGUAUCGUGCCAAGGGUGUUGGCCUUUCAGCUGCGACGAAUUGGGCCUUCAACUUCGCUCUCGCAUAUUUCCUGCCACCUGCGUUCCGCAACAUCACCUGGAAAACGUACAUCAUCUUCGGCAUCUUCUGCUUCGCAAUGACUUUCCACAUCUUCUUCAUGUACCCUGAGACCGCUCGAAAGACACUGGAGGAGAUUGAUCUGAUCUUCGACUCCAAAAUCUCUGCCUGGAAGUCAGCGAAGGUGCACGCCAAUGCACUGCAGACGAGGGCUGCGAAGAUCGAGAGUGGCGAGACACAUGGCGAUACAGGACUUGAUAUGGAAAAGGACAAGGAGGGUGAUGUGUAUCAAAAGGAAGUUGUGUAG